CACUUUGGCUUCUCUCGCCAUCCUGUCAACCGUAUGUACAGGUCUUCGGAAAGGUUGCGCUGAUCGCAAAGUCAUGUUUACAUAUAAUGGAUGUGUUGGAGAGUAUGGGAAGAGAAAACAUGCCGGAAUUUCUGUUGGUGGAAAUGUGCGCGGAAUUGAA